AUGAUACUCGCUUUUUUGAUGAUAAACCUAUUAUAGGGGUACUAUUCUUUAUCUAAUCAAAUUCUAAGCAGAUAAAGAUUAAUGGAUAUCCAAAUGGUUGAAUAAAUUGAAGCAGACUAAUCAGAUUAUCAUUGCCUAACCUUUGGGAUUUGGUCGAAAUAUAAUCUAUUAACUAAUACAAAAUCGAAGGAUGCUUAUGGGUUUUUCGAUAGCAAUUACUUUUAAAUAAUAAAUUCAUUUGAUUAUCCUACUUCAAGUCUCAAUUUUAUUUAAUAUGAUUGUGUUUAUGAUAUCAAAAAAGUAAUCAAAAAAUUCAUCUAAAUUGAAUUGAGUUAGACUGAUUAAUAUAUAUUUUCAUUACAAAUUUUAUCAUAAGAAUAUGAGGAUAUUUGGUAUUUUUUUUUAAUUAUCACAAAUAUCUAGAAAUAGAAUGUGGAAUUAGCAAUUUAUUUUUAAACAAAUUAGAUAUUUAAAGAAACUCUUUAACUUAUUUUUCCUAAUAAGAAUUAAAAAUAAUACUUUACAUUUGGAGGGAGUUUAAAAGUAUAUUUGGUGAAAUAAAUUUAUCUAUAGAGAAUUCAAAUAUUGCAUUAAUUGAAUAAGGGUGAAUACUCUCGCUUUAUCGAGGCUAAUUAAUUUUUUAUAACAAUUAGAUGA